AGUCUUCUUCCCUCCUCCCAUUCUUCUUACUCCUCUAUCUUCUUCGCGCCUCAAAUCUACACCGCAUUCGAAGUCGUUUCACUUUUAUUUUUUCCCUUUGCUGAACGUUUCCCUUUUUUCCUUUUCAUUGUCUUCUGGUUUCUCUACAGCUCUUCGGUGGUGCUGUGCUUCCCACUGCCAAGUACAUUUUCUUCUCAGCUUCUACGUUUUAUUGUUGUGCCCUUCCUUCUCUAUUAUUAUUAUUUUCAUUUGCUUGUUUGCGCUGGCCAACGACGUUGCUCUUUGACGUUCAGUGAACGUAUUUAUAUAUUUCUUCCUGUUGCUGACACUGCUUGUGCUUUCUGUGCUAAGUCCCGCGACACCUUUCAUCUUUUAAUUCCUCAUUCGCAUCUCUCGUUGACUUUCCACAGCUUCUACCCAAAGCAUUUCUCGUGUGUUGGCUGCCUUAAAGAACUGAGACUGAUCAAAGUGGAAAGUAAAACAGUCGAGAAGAGAAUGUUCAACCGUUUAUUCGGCAAGGAAAAGCAGGUGCAGCCGAACCGCGGCGGCGGCGGCAGCAAGAGCGCGGCCAAGACGAUGGAGGAAAUGGACGCCGCCAUCGACCUCCUGGAGAAGCGCGAGGCGGCGCUGGAGAAGCGGAUGGAGGCGGAGCUCGUCAAGGCGAAGCAGUUCUACGCCAAGAAGAACACGCAGGGUGCGCUGCAGUGCAUGAAGCGCAAGAAGAUGUACGAGGAGCAGCUACUGAACAUCGGUGCACAGAAGCAAAACUUAGAAACGUUGAAGUUCACGGUGCAGAACCAGACGAUGAACCAUGAGGUGCUGAAGGCACAGGUGGCGGCGAAGGAUGAGCUGAAGGUGUCGAACAAGAAGAUGAAUGCAGACAAGAUUGAGGAUAACAUGGAUGAGCUGAUGGAGGAGAUGGACAAGGCGAACCAGGUGAGCGAAGCGCUGCGCCAGCCGAUUGACAACAACUUCGUGGACGAGGAUGAGCUGAUGAACGAGCUAGAGAUGGAACUCGGUGACAUGGACCUGGAGGAGGCGCCUGCGGUGGAGACGAAGAUGCCGGAGAUGCCGAAGGUGCCGAGUGCGAAGCUGCCCGCCAAACCGACCAGGACGAAGGCGCAGGAGGACGAGGACGCUCUUGCCGCCCUCGAGGCGGAGCUCGCGUAA